AUGGCCGAGGGCUCCAUCAAGUCGCGGAUCGCAGCACUGAACCUUGAAGAGGUCCAUACACCUGUUCCUGGCACGAAGCCGUCUUAUGUCUUCGAUGCAGCUACCACCAAGAAGAAGCCACCUCCUCCUCCCCCACCCAGCGCGCGGCCACCAGCCUACUCGCGCCAGACGGUCAACAAUCCGCCAGUCCUCAGCAAUGCGCCCACGUCUGCGCGACAACUUGGCAACCAGCCUGUAGUAGUGAACGAGACUGCAAGCCCAAAGAUCUCGCCUGCACUGCCUCCUCGGCUGCCCCCGCGCAAUGGCAGUACGCCUCGACAGACGCCAACACUACCUCCUCGCAAGUCCUCCGAAUCCAGCGUACGGAGGCGCGAAUCUUCCGAGUCUAUUUCUACAAUCGCUUCCAGUGUUUCGUCCUUGUCCUUGGGUUCCGUGAAGACAUAUGGUGCCGGACACAGUAAUGGAAGCGCUGGCACGCUGCACCAGGUUAGGGCUCCUGCAUUCGACCCAACGAAGCUGCCCCCACUGCCACCAAAAAGGACUUCUGAAGACUCUAAGCAGAGCAAUGCCAUUCUGAAUGCGAUGAAAAGUAAACGUGACUAUGUUCCCGCGCGAGCCCUUCCGCCGCAGGUCAAAACUCCAGACGUACCAGCCCGUCCGCCUUUGCCUGCCAGACAAUCAACCCUUCGUGAACGAUCGCUCCAGCCCGCCCCAGUCCUACCGCAGAGGCAGGCGUCCAACGAUGCUCCGCGAGCGAAUAGAGCGGUUGCGCCGCCACCACAACGUCCUCCCCAGCGAUCUGCAUUGGAAAUGGGCUUCAAUAACAAGGCGCCCUCUCCUCCUCCCGUACCCUCAACCCGACCGCCGGCAGUCACAUCCAAGUCUGCGCCCUCACCAAAAGUACCCCCACCUAUCCCAUUGUCGUCCAGACCCAAUCUGGAGGCGAUCAUGGCCUCGAAGCCAAAGCCAGGUGCUGUUGGGGGCUGCCUGAAAUGCCGGGACUUCUCUGCUCCGGACAAUCACGCUGCGCAGUUUCCACGCACUCAACUCCCUUCCUCUGAUGUUGGCUGGCUUGCUCAUCAACUCUGCUCCCAAUUUUCUUCGCCAACCGAUAAAGCACGGGUCAUUUUCACCUGGCUUCACCAUAACGUUGACUACGACGUCCACUCGUUCUUCAACGGCACUGUUUCUCCAACUACUCCAGAGAAGACCAUUGCCUCUGGCCUCGCAGUAUGUGAGGGCUAUGCUGGUCUAUUUGCUGCUCUAGCUCUAAAAGCAGGUCUCGAAGCUAUAGUCUGCUCUGGCGCCUGCAAGGGGUUUGGCUAUACACCACUAGAGCCUGGACAGGCCGUACCACCCUAUAAGUCCACGCAUGCCUGGAACGCUGUGAAGAUCGACAACGGAGAAUGGAAGCUUAUCGAUCCAUGCUGGGGAGCUGGGCAUAUCGGGUGCCAAAUGCGUGGUGAAGGAUAUGUAAGGUCAUUCAAUGCGCGCCAGUUCACUAUGGACAAUGACGAAUUCGGGUUGCGGCACUUCCCCGGGGACGCUUCUCAACAACUGCGCAAUGAUGGGCGCAUCAUAUCUUAUGAAGAAUUCAUGCGAGAUGAUCAAGGUGGCCGCGUACAGGUAUAUGGCGACGCUUUCAAGGAGCACGGCUUGGGCGAGCGAACAUUUGAACCUUCGCAAGCACAGAUCAAAGCCAACGACCCCUAUGCACCAGCAGUGAUUCGAUUUCAGUUCUCGACCGUUUGCCCGCACUGGGAUAAUGCGCGCCAUGGCAGGGGCCCGCCCUAUAUUAUGCUCCUGAGCAUUGCGGGAAGAGAUGGCCGCAAGCCAGAUUACAAGCCGUUCAAUACCGACGGGCAUACUUGGUGGCUCGACGUCCCUCGGGUCGAGCUCGGUGUACCAGGUCAAAAGAUUGCAGUCAAUGCGAUCACCGAAUUUAAUGGUCAAGACGCUCGGGGCAUGAGCAUUGAUACAUGGAACAAUAAGCAAGGGCAGAACUUUGGGACAGCCUCGUGCGUCCCGUUUGCAACCAUGGCUACCGGCUUUGUCGGACUCUCGGUCGCAGUGACGCUUCAGAAUCCUCCUGGGGCUGUCUUGCUAGGUGUUGUGAGUGGUGUUGACCAGCAGACGGCCACCUUGACUCUCCACGAUGUGUUCUUUCCAAGCUCCGGUCAUCGUCUUCCUUCAUACACUGUCGAAGGGCACAUGAUUGCUGAUAUCAAGGUCAAUGCCUCUGCGCCCGCUCCUCCGCAACCUCCACAGCCACCAUCUGAACCCCCGGCAUACGCGCAAUACCCCCAGACCCAUGUCCAGAAUGUCCGAGCAAAUGCUUCCCAGCAAAUGCCGCACCUUGUCAGCCAGCCAUCGUCCAUACCGCACGAUGACCAUUCCAUGAAUGUACGCAACGGCUCACGUCAAUCUAUUUCCCACUCGGUCCAGGCUGCGCCAUUCGUCGAUCCUGCGAUCCUGAGUAUGGGGAAGCGCACCAAUACUACAAUCUCUUCUAGUCAGCUUGCUACAGCACCACCCCAGGAAGCUCCCGCCACACCAAUCACGGCUGUAGUUGGCGCGAGCGCUGCGCCUCUGCCCAAAACUACAUCUUCGUCUAUCAACCAGGUGAAGCAUCAAAAUGUUCGGAAGCCAAGCGCAGCGACACUGGAGGGGCCUUUCUCAUCACUGGACAUUGCAGAUGCGGAAGAAGCAGAUAAUGAGACGAGGACUGCUAGAAUCGCGCCGCGUAGAGCGAGCAUCAGCAAGACAAGAACAGGUAAGCCUAUGGAUGAUGUGAGCCCUCAGAAGAACGACGACGGUGGCAAGAAGACUCGGAGGGGAGGCAAGUCUCGUAAGAAGGAAGUUGCAGCCCAAGAGAGAAAGAACGGGGUCGAUUUCCAAUCUGCUGGUAGCAUCAAGAAAAGGUACGUGCGCUUCUUUGGUGCGGAGGCGGCAACCCGAUUACCAGACCUACAUAAGCUGACUAGCAGUAGCAAAGGCAAUGGUUGGAGGAAUACGCCCAUGCUACAGGCUGCUGAGGAACCACAGACCAGGACACCUGGGGUUAUUGGUGGGAGGGUUGGCAUCGCAGCAGCGAACGCCUCGAAUCGCAAGACGAAACGACAGCAAGCUCUUGAUGCUACGAACGGCUGGGCUACCGAAGACGCGACCGACAUCCAAGACCUGCCCGAGUUCGACUUCCAGAGCAAUCUCUCCAAGUUCGACAAACGCACUGUAUUCAAUCAAAUUAGGAACGAAGAUACAACAGCGGAUGAGGAUCGCCUAGUCAGCUUCAAUCGUCUAGCGAGGCCUGGAACGCAUGGUGGAAAGAACUUGCAUCCUUCAGAGAAUGUAUUGGAUCGAAAGCUGAAAAGCACGACCAACACAAGCUCUGAAGAGGAAUCAGACUUUGGCAGUGGGCGAAACUCUAGGCGGGCAAUGUCAAGAGCUUCUAUCAAACGAGCACCCACACGGCAAGGCAGCAGUGUUCAAGCCGAUAUGGACGUAAUGGGCUCAGGGGUGCUUUCGCGAAGUAACCGUUCAUUCAUCAAUCGGCCCUACGCUUCUUCGCAUGCCACUGGUAGUCCCAGGCCUGGUCGCACCGCUACGCCUCCAGACUCACCUGCUGAGUCUAACGCAGCAAAAGGUUGUUUACGUUUGGUCCCGAAUAACCGCAAAUGCUUUGCUAUCACACCAGGAGGCAUGUUGGCGGUUGAAGAGACUGCUGAAGUAGAAUUUGGUCUGACUGAAGAGCUUAUUGCUGAAAAUUCAGGAAGAGGUAUUGCUGAAGUCGCCCUCACAGCGAUUAAUCCUGGUGGUAGAAGACUGGCACGCGACAACCCUAAUGCCAAUCCUGUGAUAGUCGUUCUAGCGGGCAAUCACCGUGGUGGAGCACGGGCCAUAGCAGCAGCACGACAGCUCGCUCAGCGUGGACCAAAGGUCAUGGUUGCACUUCUUGGUUUCGAGCGCAACGCCGAUUGGGACAAGGACAUACGGCGGCAAGUUGAUAUGUUCCGAAAAUUCGGUGGUUCAGUUCGUGCAUGGAAAGAUACUGAAGAAGCUCUCAAGCGCCUACAAGCACCACCCGAACUGAUCAUCGACGCUUUACUCGGUCGCCACAAGGAGUUCGAGGCUCUGGGCGACGAAGAUCAGCGCGUUGUCCUGAGUAUCGUAGGAUGGGCGAACAAGUCUCGUGCCGCCUGUCUAGCCGUGGAAACCCCAUCAGGUGUAGGUGGAUCCACUGGUGAAGUGUCCAUCCUCGAAGGCGAACCUCUCGAAGUCCGUGCAAAGUAUAUCGUUUGUCUUGGUGCACCACGAACGGGGCUCCUGAAAGCGCUCCAACACGGUGCUGGACGCGACCCGAAAUGGCUCAUCUGGAUCGUGGAUAUUGGUGUAAACAAGCCCUGGCGCAAUGCUGGUAUCAGUGGUGGCAAAGGGAUCAAGUUUGGUGAGCACUGGGUUGUCCAGGCGAGAUUCGAAGAAGGGACAGUAGGAGAAGGUGUUGCGAGGGUUUAG